AUGCUCGACGAGAACCUCCCCACAUUUUACCUCAAACAUGGCCAAAAUAAACAUUCCUGGACCAUCUAUCUUUGCCACCACGGCGAUGAACCCGCUCCAGCCUACCACCUCCGCUACCCAGACCCAUCUUCUCCCUCCUCCAAGAACCGCUACGCAGUCGCGCUCUGCGACCCCUACGUCCCGGAGAUAAUCUACGGUGAAGUCCUCCUCAUCCCAGAAUGGACGCAACCUUCGUUGUCCGCAGAUGCGAUCCGCGCAAACGGCGGCGUCACACCUCCCCCUGAACCUAUCCUUCCUAGCCAGUUCGUUGUGCAUUUGUAUAAUCCGGACCAACAGAUCGUUGUGCGGUAUAAGCCUAAGACGUGGAAUAGUCCUGCGACGUGGGAAUUUGAGAUGCCGCAACACACUUUCCGACAGCCGUCGAGUUCGACGUUGGAUCGCACGCAAAUUGAUCCUGCGGUCGCGGAUGUAACGCCCAAGUUGCGUUUUGGAUGGCGAAAGGAUAGCAAGUUGUCCAAGGAUCUAGCAUGCUUAUUAUCCGGGAAAACGGCAUCGAUUACGGAAACUAAAACGAAGAGUAAAGAGCCGGAUAUCACGAUUUCGAUCUUCAAGGGCCUGCGCGAGAUGACAUUAUACGAGCCGAACCUAUAUCGCGUGGAGAUGGAGGAUUUCAAGGGGCUGGAGUGUGUUUUGCUGCUGGGGGCUGUUACGAUUAGAGAUGUGUUUUUUACGUCGAUUGAAAAGGCAUUUUCGAUUUCGCAUGAUGUGAAGAAACCGCAGAAGACCCCGCAGAAUGCUGCUGCUGUGCAGAAACCUAUUCAGAAACCGGGUCCUAGUACUGCAGCCCCUGUUGCCAAUGGCCUUAAAGCUCAGCCUCAACCUCAGCCUCAGCAACCACCGGCUAUGUCGGGCGCACUGGUUGCGAACAACAAACCGCAUCCUACACGCGCAGGUCCGGAACGACCCCGGGUUACUAUUCCCCAGCAAAACAAACCACUACCAGAGGCCGUAUCUCAACCUUCGCAGCCACAACCACAGACUCGUCCACAACAGCAACAGCAACCACAACAAGUACGUUUCUCCCCAGGCACCAGACCAGAGGACGACCUCCGCCGCCAAAAGAAAAUGCAAGAAGCAAACGACAAAGCGCGCCGCAAGAAACAAGCCGAAAUCGAAAAGGAAACCAAGCGUCUGCAGAAGAUCUACGGCAGAGAGGAGGAACAGGUACGCCGGUCUCAGCAGCAGCGCCCUGCACAGCCCCGGCCACAACCGCAGCCACAACGCCCGACACAGCAUCGUCCUACGCAAUCACAUCCGUCGUCCUCACGGCCACACCUUCCACCUCGUCCAGGUCCAGGUCCGGGCCCGUAUCUCCAUGUCCCGCCAUCACAGGUGGGAAAUAACAGGCGACCCAAUGCCCACGCGUCAGUCCAAUUCCUCCCGUUGCAGCCACAACACGUAUCCUCCCCAGGCCUGCAGCAGAAAAAGAGCAGUUUCUUUGGAUUGCGCCGGUCAUCCGAGGAAAAGAAUAAAGAGAAGCUGGCGAAGAAGCGGAGUUCGAUGUUUUAA